GUUUAACAGCAAGGAAAAGGGAUACAUUUUACUGUCGGACAGGAAGUGGUAGCUUACAAGAAUUGUUCAAAACGAGUGUUGCACAUUAGAGAAAAGUAGGGUUUCAUUAAAUCGUUGUCAUUGUUUUGAUUCUCGGACUUUAAAGGGAGCCCUUACUUAAGAAUCUGAAAAUUGUGGCUUAUAAGGCUAGAGGCUUUAAUAAGGAUCAUGAAGUUGGAGGUGCCAAAAAGCUUUAAAGAUGUUGCCGUUGAGUUUUCAAGAGCAGAGUGGAGAAUGCUGAGUAAUCGGGAGAAGGCACUUCACAGGGAGGUGAUGAUACAGAACUUUGAGAACAUGAUCUCUGUCGGCUAUGUAAUCCCACUGGAGCACCUUUGCAUGCUUAUUAAGGAAGAUGAUACCGCACCACCUGGUGUUGCUGAACGAGACGCAACUGUGCAGCAAAGACAGCUUAUUGAUGAUGGUGUCAGCAGUAAGUAA